UGUGACCAUAUGCUUCAAUCAGAUUCUUUGAAUUUCUCGCACUUUCUCUUCCAUUUUCUUUAGAAACUAUCAAAAGGAAAGCCCAAAUCAUCCAUUAUCGUAUUUUCCCCGUCCAAACUCGAAACCUAGUAUUUCCCUAAUGAAAUUCGGCACCUCUAUAAUGCACGACCGUACCCUCUCCGCAGAAGAUGACUAAUCCCCGAGAAGAACCAAGCGGCUUCCAUACGGUGCAUCCGGAGCGUGACCUGGAAUCUAAUUGGGAGGUGGACCUCGCCAACAGACUCGAAGAGUAUUUGUUGAAGAUUUGCUCCGGUGAGGUCCCAGAAGACGGUCAAGCCCCAAUCAAUUUCGCCGAAGCUGCUUUGCUACUUCAGGGUUCGGUGCAGGUGUAUAGUCGAAAGGUCGAAUACCUCUAUUCUUUGGUUUUGCGUGCUUUGGAGUUCCUUUCUGAGAAGAGGCAGCAGGAUCAGUUAAAGCACACAUCAACCCAGCCUGAAGAAAGUGGUUUCCAUCCAGUUGCUGAUGUAGAAAAUGAUCUGUUUUGGGGCUUAGAUGAUGUCCAAGUGGAAGCCAAGAAUUGCUUAGAUAGUCCGGCAGGCAAAGAUGCUCCUUUCAAACACUUUUUGAAGCCCCCUGCAAAUCUAGUUGUUCUUGAAGGUGAUUGCUUAGACAUUAGUGCUGAUGGUGGGGAAUUAGAGUCAUAUCUGUUGGCCACCAAUGAUCUAUACCAGGACUUUAUUUUAUUAGAUCCAUGUGAUGCUGUAGCAGUUGAUGAAUUUUUGAAGGGAAAUAAGGCUGGUAAAGGCCAGAAUGGUACUCACAGAGGCAGCUCAGCUCGCAGGAGCUUCCAAUCUCCUACAAGACAUUCUGGAGGAACAGCGCAAAAGUCAACUCUUAGAAAAAACCAGGAUGCUAGCGUCAGUCAAUUUCCUGGGCCUAAUAGCAACUCUGAUGUUAAUAAUAAUAAUGUUGGGGCAGAUCCUCCUGCUUGUGAAAAUUUAAAUGACAACAAUUGGGGAUUAGAUAUUGAUGAAAGAUAUUCAGAACCUGGGGAUUUUGAUGAUGAGGAUGAAAAUGAUCCUUGGAAGCCCUUGAAUCCCCACGAACCUGGGAACUUGAAAGUAAAGCCUUUUAGAAAAGUAAAAGCUUUUAAAAGGAAUGGGUUUAAUUCUUCAAAGGGAGCUUCUAUAACUACAAUUUUUCCGCUCGCUAGAUUGCAUGGUGCUAUUAGUCCAGAGCUCACAGAAAUCUGGGAGAUGCGACAUCAUGCUUUUGAAACACAAAGGGAGUCCCAGUCUCCUCCUUUAUAUGAAAAGUUGCGUCAGUCACUUAUAGAUGGAGGGCAUGAAACUUUCAAUACCUUUUGUGAUCCUGAUGAUGAGAAAGAUAACUAUCACUAUGAUAGUGGGAUCCCUGAUUUUGGGGAACCUGAUUUUGACGACUUGCCUGAGAAUAUGUGUAUGCAUGAAGAUAUACCCAUUCGCAAUGAAAAGGGUGAUGAUGGUGCUGCUCACUUUGAUACCAAUGAAGAUUUUGGACAAGAUCCAAAUUCUCAUACAAGCCUAGAAGAUCUUUGUCGCUCUCACCUAGAUGCUCUACUUGCUAGCAUAGCUGAAACUGAGAAUCAGACUGAAUUGGCUGCCCGGGUUUUGACAUGGAAACAGAAAAUAGAGCACAACUUGGAGGAGCAAGAAUCAUGCCCUCCAUUUGAUAUACAUGAGUAUGGUGAUAGGAUUCUAGACAAACUAUCCCUUGAAGCAUACAGUGGAGAUGUCAUGUCUUUUGGUGAUGUGGUGAAGGGACAGGAGAAGUAUGAUGUGGCUCGAAGCUUUUCUGCGCUUCUUCAAUUGGUGAACAAUGGAGAUGUUGGUCUAGAUAGGAGUGGAUUUGAUGGCCAGUCUAUAUGUCACACUGAUGUGAAUCCUUUUCACAUUCGUCUCCUCAGCCAUGACAAGAAGAGAGAGGAAACACAACUCAGGGUAACAAAAAAGAGAGCAAAAUCUCCAACUGGGAAAGAAUGCACCAAAACCAAAAGCAACGUGGACAAGUCUGGGAAAGAGAAAUUUCCAGUUGUACGUUCGUCCUCUACGGGAUAUAGAUCAAAUUGCAAGUUUUCUGGGAAGCUAGGAACAAUCGGCAGUGUUCGAUGUACUCCUGAAGGCAAGAGGAGACGAAGGUCAAGAUUUACUGAGCCAGUUGACCUACACCCUGCAGGGUAAAAAUGAUACCAUCAACAAGUUAGCCACUCUUCUAUAUUAAUUGAGAUUCAACACUUGUUGGAUUGCUUGGGUUCUCUCGUAGGUACCUCGUCAUUGUAGUUCUAGUUAACCAUGAUCAGCCGUUGGCUGUACUCUUUUUCCUUAACCUUAUUUCAUAUAUGUUCUUGUAAGUAGGUGUAAUUUUAUCAAUGUGCAAUGAUUUUAUUUUAGGGUAUGAAAGAAGACCAAAUUACUUUAACUCAAUUGGAAGACCUUGGAUGUUCACAAAUCAA